AUGGCGACUCGUCUUCAGUUUGAGAACAAUUGUGAAGUUGGUGUCUUUUCCAAACUCACUAAUGCCUAUUGCUUAGUCGCUAUUGGAGGCUCUGAGAACUUUUACAGUGCUUUUGAGUCGGAGUUAGCAGAUGUUAUCCCUAUUGUUAAGACCUCUAUUGGAGGAACACGAAUUAUUGGGCGUCUUUGUGCUGGAAAUAAGAAUGGACUUCUUGUGCCUCAUACAGCUACUGACCAAGAGCUUCAACACUUGAGGAACAGUCUACCUGAUGAAGUUGUGGUCCAGCGAAUUGAUGAACGUCUGUCUGCUCUUGGAAAUUGCAUUGCCUGCAAUGACCAUGUUGCUCUUGCCCACACCGAUCUAGACAAGGAAACUGAGGAAAUAAUAGCUGAUGUUCUUGGAGUUGAAGUUUUCCGUCAGACAAUUGCAGGCAACAUUCUUGUGGGCAGUUACUGUGCCUUGUCCAACAGAGGUGGAAUGGUCCAUCCUCACACCUCAGUGGAAGACUUGGACGAACUCUCAACACUUCUUCAAGUCCCUCUCGUUGCAGGAACUGUGAACCGUGGUAGUGAAGUUAUAGCUGCGGGUAUGACUGUUAAUGAUUGGACCUCUUUCUGUGGUUCAGACACAACCGCUACAGAGCUCUCUGUUAUAGACAGCAUCUUCAAGCUAAGGGAAGCCAAACCCAGCGCUAUUGUCGAUGAGAUGAGGAAGUCUUUGAUCGAUACCUAUGUUUAA